UCUAAGGAGAGCCGUCUGCAGGACUUGUUGGAGGCUCUGGCUCUGGCUCUUUCUCAGGCCGACCGUCUCCUCGCUCAGUAUCGCUUUCAGAGAGCUCAGGCUGAGGCUCGUAAGCUGGGCGGUCUGCUGAAGGACGCCGAGCGGCGGCGCGAGGAGCUGAAGGUGGAGCUGAGCAGCCAGGUGCUGGAGGUGGAGCGCUCCAGAGCUGACAUGGAGGAGCUGCUGCAGCACAACUCCAGGCUACAGCGGGACUCUGAGGAGCACCAGGCCCUGAAAGGAGCCUACAACACCCUGCUCAACAGGUUCAAUGAGACGGAGCGGCUGCUGAAGGAGGUGCAGGCGGCUCACGUUUCUCUCACCAAACAGACGGACACCCUGAAGAAGAACCACGAAGCCCUCCAGCUGCAGCAAAACAAGACGGCGUCAUUGUUGCAGGAGAGAGAAGAGGAGAUCAGAUCGCUUAAUUCAGAUCUACAGAAGAAAAACGGUGAAAUCUCAG